AAACAAUCCUGUCCCUCCUUAAGUUGCUAAAUGCUCUGGAAUUGCUCCAUUUGCAUAGAUGCUGGUGCAUGGCAACCCUCCAAUUAAUGGGCUUGAUCAUCUACCAGGCUUAUUACCCGGGAGGGAGGCGUGCCCAAAUACACCUUGGGUCUUCGGAUUUCACAUUUUGCCUUCCUGCAUUCCUCAGAGAAGGAACAAGUCCACGGAGCCUCUGCAAACAAAUCAAGGCGCUGAUCAGCAAAGUCUCUUCCCACACCACCGAAAUGAAUGCUGCUCUGGCUGUGACCUUUUGUCUCUUGGUCGCUUUGGAACCUGUGAACUGCCAAAGAGGUAACAGAUUUCUUUUCUGGCAGAUGCUGAUUCUUCUUCACCUUUCCCAGCUCAUAUUUGACCUCUUUUGUUUUGACAUUUAUUCUGCUUCUACAGUAUAUACUUGAAUUUAUGCCCGAAGUUUUUUGCUUUCUAUUAUAACAAUUAUGACACCAUGAAACCAACACCAGCAUUGCUUAAUGCUAGUUGUGUUUAUUUGGACAAAAUCUUCCAUUGCUACAUUCACUGGCCUGCUUUAUUUCCUCCUUCAUCAUAGGCUUUUGAUUUUUUUUUAAAAAAUCUGAAUGUGCAUAGCUGUCUCUUCACCCAUAUUCCCCUCAUCUCAUCUCUUUCCAUCUCUUUCAUCCAUUCUUCUCCUUGACUGUGGAAAAAUAGAAUUUGCAGAGUUUUCUUCCCUUCCUUUAGUUUACCACUGAAUUUCCACAGCCAGCCUCCACUCCACUGGAGUUUGGGGAAGCUGCUAGGGCACAACAGACCAUGACUUCUGGGCAGGCAUGAGCUAAGAUGUCUCUGUUAAGUAAACCAAAAGGAACUGUGGUUGUCCAGCAUGAACUAAUGAAGUAAUGCUGGAGCAUUCAGACAGCCUUAUGUCCCUGGGCAUGGUCUGAGGAGGGCACAUGAUGCAGCCACCUGCUGAACAUAAGCAGCAGUUGCGGCCAGUGUCAUGGCGGGCAGAGCUGCAAAGCUACCCUCCCACACUGGGCUCACUAUAGCUGGGCUGGGGUGGAGCAGGGUGAUGGCGAGGUCAGAGCUGUUGCAGCACAGCUGUGGGAGUGCCAGAUUAUUUCCACUGCCAUUUUUGUUUGGUCACUUGCUCUGUGCAUUUGUCAAGCAAGCUGAAUCUCCAGGGGUGAGGCUGCUUUGCGACACAGGUGAACAAUACACCACCAAUGCUUGUCCUCUUCACCCAUGCCUGACCUCCCUGACACCUUUGAAUAGCAGCACCCUUCAUGUUAAGUGCAAAAUUAAGAUGGGAGGAAAUUUUAAAAAUCCCCAAAACCUGCAGGAAGAGUAUUCCCAACAUCAACAUAGGAAGACUUCUGUUCACUUCUAUUUUGCACUGCUGAGUGGAAUGUAAGGAUCCCUGCAAAUACUUCUGAGGGAAAAAAAAUCUGCAGAUAUGUUCCACCUGACCAUGGAAGCUCUCUUCUUUCCAGCUCUGAUGCAUAUGUGGGCUCCUUUGGGAGGGAAGGUGGGAUACAGAAUUAAUCAACAAAUAAAUGCAUACGCAAAUCAAGAAGGAUGUCACACACUAUAAAAGAUUUAAGCCAGAAACAUCAGCAGCAAUUAGGUAUGAAAACUUUUUGCAGACACCAUGUCCUGUCCAACGAAACAGCUAGAAUGAAGCUGUGGAGUAAGACAGCUUGCACUGAACACAGCCAGGCUGCAGUCUUUGUGCAGGAUGUGUCCAAGCAGCAGUUUCCCAUGCAGCUGGCUGGCUCUGUGGUUGAGCUCCAAACUGGAAAGGCAGGGCGUUUUCCUGCUACAAAGAACUGCAAGAUUGCACAGGUUGUGGCUCAUUAGUACUUCCAGAAUCUAAUAGUCAGACUAUGUCGCCCAUACUGGCCUUGGCAGGGCUUCUAAAGUCCUCUUUGGCUGGGAGGAAUUUGGCACAGAUUUUGGCCGGCCUGCAGGUGCUAAAGCAGCACAUCACCUAGCUUUGUUUAUUGCACUUUUUUACCUACCUUCAUCAUGAAGGAGGUCUUUGCAUUCUUUGCCUUGUAAAUGCUGUUUCAUUGAGUAGAUGGGCUGACAGGGCUGAAAGUGCCAACCCUUAAAAGGACUAUUUACCUGUGUGCACUAAUCAAGUAGAAGGCAGGUAGCUGCAGAGCCCACACUGCAGGGCACAUGGCAGAGCUGUCGUUCUCUGGUUUGCAACUCAGGAAGUUUUUCAGCUGUAUUUUUGCUAGAGUUGUGCUAAAUUUACAAAAGGUUCUCUUAAAAAAAUAAAUAAAUGAGGCAGUCUAUCACAAAUGGCAUUUCAUUACUCUCUCCCUCCCUUGCCACACCCCAUGCCUGCUCCAAUGUGCUGCUGCUUUUUCAUUAUGGCAUUUCUGUGACUUUUUUUAUUGUAUGAUCCAUUCCAGUUAGGGAUCACACUGUGACAUGAUGAAACCAUGGUGCCACAUAGCCAAUCAGAUUUAGCUACAGGACAGUGUCACUGAGAGCAAAUGGAUCCCUCUCAUUGUCCUCACUCAGAAGGAGACAGGAGAAGUUUUCCUGUUGCACAGAUUGCUAGGGAACAUCCCCUGUCCUGCUCUACCAUGAUGUCAGUUUCAUUCAUAGCAUCACCAGGAAAGCACACAGCAAAUUUUCACUUUCUAAUCAGACCUAGUUGCACAUACCAGUAACUAGUUGGGGGAAAUGAGGGUGGCCAUGUCCAUGCAGAUGCCUAUGCAGAUGUACAUCUAAAUGCAUUCUCCAUCAGCAUUCUGGUCUGUUGCACAUGUCUGGGUGAGAGAAAGGAAUUCUGGAUUUGCUUUGCCAAUGGCGACAUGUUCCUCAUCUUUCUAGGCAGCCACCCCUCGCAGAUAGUUUGCCACUCUUUCCCAAAGAUAUGUGGGAAAUGGCCAAAAAAUGGACCUGAUUCACAAUAAACUUUCAUAAAAGCACCCCUCAUUUCUGUUCUAUAUUUCCCCCUGCCCAAGAAGUCUUUUGCUAUUGUAAACUAUGAGACCUCAUUCCCUCCCUGUUUUCUGUUUUCCUCAUGUUUGUCUGCUGCUACCUUGGGACAUUGUGGGAAAAGUAAAUGGUGGGUGGGGGCAGGGGCAUGUUAUCCAGGACUGGCAUCAGUAGCGAGUCCUGCAAGGAAACAGCUGCCCAAGGAUACCAGGUGCUGACACUAACUUGGUACCGUCUGCCAGUCACAUAGCUGUUAAACGUAUAUGGGCUCUGCUAGAAGCUGGCAAUCCUUUAGGUGCAUUUACUCAAAACCCAACUGUUGUCCUACAAGCACCUCUGACACAGUGCACCUUUUCCUUUCCUGUUGAACAUUAUCUGGACAUUAUCUGGAUGAUCUGUUAGAUCUGUUGGGAGACAAAACAAGAGGGUAGGAUUUCUAUAGGAUGGUGGUGAGUGACGAAUGCCUCCAGUGCCCUUUGAUUUAAUUCCAAUUUUAAUUCUGCAUAAGGUGGCCAGAUGCCAAGGAGAAGAGCUUCCUUUAUUGCAAUGCAUGUGUCAGUCAAAGGGCAGAAUGAUGUUCUUCUACUUUCUAAAGGAAGGCAAGAUGUAAAAUGGCAGGAGAGACCUUUGGACUGUCUUUCAUCAGCUGCUGUAGUCCAGCAUUAACCAAGGGAGAACACCAGUCCUCACGUAGCCCUGUUUGGAGCUUUGAACCUCCUCCCAUGGAGAAUUCCACAGAUGUUUGAGGACUACUGAGCAACUAGGCUCCUGGAAUCUGAUUUCAAACAUGGGAGGGGAGGCCUUUGCCACUUCAGAAGGUAUUGACUUAACUGAGCAUUCAAAGCUCAGCGGUUCCAAACUGAGGAGAGUCAAGUGAGUUCUGUAAGGAGAUGUUUGCAAAUUUUAGUUUCAGUUGAACAUUCCAGUCUGGGAACAUUGGCCCCACUUUUGACAGGCCUAUUGUGUACCAAGUCACCAUCCUCCUCUUUGGAACGACCUAACAAUUAGUGACAGAUUACAGCAUGAGGAGAACACAGUCUGAUUUCUAUUCAGGGUGAGGCAAAGGUUGGGCAUUUUCUGUUCCAGGAAAGUGGUUUUGAGAGGGCAGCAAAACAUGAAUGGGCUGGGACAGGUAGUCAUAAGAAGCUUGCGAAAGGGCCACCCACCCUCUUAGAGAAGAAAGUGUUUGUCAACACUGGCAGGUUUACCGUAACACGGAAUGCAAAGCACUUCCUUUUGGCAGAAAAUUCUAGAGGAGGGAUUACUUCCCUACCUCCGAUCUUUUUAUUUUCCUUCUGUGGCUGGAUGGCUGCUUACCUGGGAUAUUGUAGUCUUACACUGGCCCCAUCUGCAUGAACAAUCAUGGGGUGGAAAUCAACUUUGAGCUAUGAUGAAUGUUCCAACUGUGCAAGCAUUGCAGCUUGCCAGGGUGGUGUAGUGGUUAAGAGCAGUAGUCUCGUAAUCUGGGGAACCGGGUUCGCGUCUCCGCUCCUCCACAUUCACCUGCUGGGUGACCUUGGGCCAGUCACACUUCUUUGAAGUCUCUCAGCCCCACUCACCUCACAGAGUGCUUGUUGUGGGGGAGGAAGGGAAAGGAGAAUGUUAGCUGCUUUGAGACUCCUGAAGGGGAGUGAAAGGCGGGAUAUCAAAUCCAAACUCCUCCUCCUCCUCCCAGGGUGAAUGAUCUGCCCUCUCUUUCCCCUGUGUGCUAUUCUGGGAGAUUCUCCCAACACCCUUUAGCCAAUUUCGGGGGGCACAUAUAGGGAAGAGGGGACAAGCAGGGCUUCUGAUCAUGGGGCUCAUUAGAUGAAUCUCACCCAUAGCUUCCUCCAAAGACUUCUGAGAACUGUAGCUUGUUAAGGGUGAUGAGAGUUGUUCGGAGACACCUAAUCACAAAGCUACAGUUCCCAGAGUUCCCAGGGAAGAGGAAUUGGCUACUAAACCACUCUGAGAACUGUAGCUCUGUGAGGGGAAUAGAGGCUUCCUAACAUCAGAAGGUCAGAGGUUCGAAUCCCUGCGAUGGGGUGAGCUCCCGUUGCUCGGUCCCUGCUCCUGCCAACCUAGCAGUUCGAAAACACUCAAAGUGCAAGUAGAUAAAUAGGUACCGCUCUGGCGGGAAGGUAAACAGUGUUUCCGUGUGCUGUUCUGGUUCGCCAGAUGCGGCUUAGUCAUGCUGGUCACAUGACCCAGAAGCUGUACGCCGGCUCCCUCGGCCAAUAAAGUGAGAUGAGCGCCGCAACCCCAGAGUCGGCCACGACUGGACCUAAUAGUCAGGGGUCCCUUUACCUUUAACAACUCUCAGCAAUGUUAAGAAACUGCAGUUCCAAGUAUUGGGAAUUGGUAUGGUGUUGUUUUAAAUGCACAGAUCAGAUGGGGCCAUGGGAGCUGGAUUGCCAUUGCUCAAAACGCUAGAUUAGAUUACCUUUAAGGUAACUUCUAUGAUUUAUUUAUGUGAAAUAAUUUCUAUGGCCAACACUGAAGGCCAGCCAGGAUUUUUAUUUAUUUAUUUUUUAAAGUAGAUUUUGCUCCUGAACAAAUUCUCCCACAAGGCACUUCACACCGAAAGUGAAGAAAAGCCAAAUGAACACGAAGUGUGCUGGGGUCCUUGUUUGCACUCUGCGUUGGUGCUGCUCCACCCUCAGGCAGCAAGCGCUGAAGCAAGAUUCAACUGCCCAUCAACUGUUUCUGUGCAUGGAGUUGGUGGGGAUGACCUUGUCCUUCCUCUUAAUCAACAAAGUACGGUAUCUUGGGUCAGCCUGACUCUUACAUACUUAAAUCAGGGGGAUGUAAAUUUGGCUUUCCCCAUGAAAGUUUGACCCAAGAGAAUUUAUUUAACACUCCCCCCCCCCAAAUAAAUGCUUUUAGUUUUACUUAAUAUCAGAACUAUUGGGGGAAGGCUGAGGGGGGGAAAAAAGAACAAACACCUCACAGGUUGAUUCAGAAUUAAUAACCAGGUUUCUGGAUGAGCAUGAUACCUGGUGGGAGAUGAGACAUGACUGCUUUCUGAGAGAUCUCUGCCAGCUAAGAAUAUGAAUUGCAUGUUGCCACGACAUUCCCCAUAUUCAAUUGCCUCGGGACUUGUCUAGGGUGUGAAAAUAUAACAAGGGGAAGAAAUGCAUCUAUGGCAGAGGAAGCAUAGAUUGUAAUCUUUUUGAUUUAUGCACAUGUACUGCUAUUUAGAUACUGCUACUUCUAUUUAAUUUGAUUAGGCAGCAGCAGUAAGUUUGUCACUAAACAGAAACGGACCCUGCCCAGAUAAAUUACAGUUGGGAACAUAAGAAGUUGCAUUACAACAAGCCAGGCCAGUAUUGGCUCAGUAUUGCCUACACUGGAAAUGGGGAGUCUUUUUCAACCCAGGGGGCACGUUUCUUUCUGGCCAACCUUGCAGGGCCCACAUUGUGAGUGAGGAUUUAAAGUGGCUUGGACAAAUUCAUGGAGGAGAAGGCUAGCAAUGCAUCCUAGCCAUAAUGUCUAUGCUCUCUGCCUUCAUGGUUGGAGGCUGUAGUGCUUCUGAAGACCAGUUGCUGGAAGCCACGGGUGAUGUUGUGCUCAAGUAUUUCACACAGGAGGGUGGAACACAGGGCUGGUGGGGGAGAUGGCUUGGGGAGAGAAGGCCAGAGAAAGAAGUUCAGAGGGCCACCUUGGUCCUGAGGUUUCCAACCCCCUACUCUACACUGGCUGGCAGGGAUUCUGCACUGUUUCAGAUCUUGCACUGUUUCAGUAAUUGUACUAAAGAUCUUCUGCAUUCAGAACAGAUGUUCCUUCAGUCAACUAUCUACCCUUCGCACCAAGUUGGUGAGCAUAGUGUUGCAUGCCUAAUACAGAACUAGCUAGACUACCAGUACUGGGAGCCACAAUAAACUUGUUUUCAUCCCUUUUCUUGACAGUUCAGCGAAGCCUCCAGCCAUGGGUGCAGGGCACCAUUGCAGUUACUGUCUUCUUGGUUUUGGCAAUGGUUGCCUUUGUUGUCAAUAGGUUAUGGUGCCAGGACAACAAGUAAGUACCACCACCACUGUCAUUAUUCCAGCCAAAGAUGGUUGUAUGGCUUCUGUGUUGAUGUAUCGGGCUGCUUUGGGACAAAACGAGAUGCAAUGUCAGUAGAUACCUGACUGGAUUGCACCCUUUUAAAAAUAUGUAAAGCAAGUGCAUUUACCCCUCUCCCCUCAAAAAAAAAAAAAAAAAAAAAGGGUUGGGACUGCAGUGCUGGUGGAGUAGGGUUGAAAUCUUCCUUCUACUGUCCCCACUAUGUUUAAAUCACACCAACAUUUAUAUUGGUUCUUUUGGGAGGAAGGAUGAGACGAAAAGUUAAUAAAUAAAUUAUAGUCAAAUGUUUCCUUCCUUAAGUACCCCUUACCAGUCUGUCUGUAUACUGAGAUAUUCCUCUGAUACUUUUCUUUAGUAGCCCAUGGCAUCCAAGCUGAGGUGGGCAGUUACGUGGGAGAAAUACUUUCAAGUGAUGGCCCCUGGCCUGUGAGAUGCCCUCCCCAGAGAAGGAAAAAUCUUUUCUACUUUGCAAGCCUUUUUAACCUUGAUGUGUUCUUAUACUGAUGAUAGUGUGUUUUCAUUGCUGUGCCUUAUUGUGAUAGCUGCUAGACUUUUAUUGUUGUUUAUAAUUAUUUUAUUAUAAUGGGGGUGCUUUUGGGUCCUGAAGGCACAGGUUAUAAAUCAGAGAGAGAGAGAGAGAGAGAGAGAGAGAGAGAGAGAGAGAAGGGAGGAAAGAAAGAAAGAAAGAAAGAAAGAGAGAAAGAGAGAAAGAGAGAGAGAGAGAGAGAAAGAAAGAAAGAAAGAAAGAAAGAAAGAAAGAAAGAAAGAAAGAAAGAAGGAGAGGCAUUCAAGUGUAGGAUCUAUGUGAUUGAAUUGAACACAAGACCUAUCCUUCUGGUCUCCUAGUGUACCUUCUGAUUAUUUCCACAGUGAUUCCCUUGAGGAGAAAAACAAAGCAAUCUCCAUGAGCAGCAACAAAGAAGAGAUGCCCGUUUCAAAUGGGUCAGAAGGGAGGUAUUCAACAACUGCAGCGGACUUCAGGUUAGUUUCAUAUUUAUAUAUAUCAAAAAAGCAUAACUAACUAAAAGCGGGAUUCAGAUUACUCCUUCCCCACAUUUACAGAUUGCAUGAGGAGAGGCCACAGGGUCACCAGAGCGAACUCUUCCACCACCAAUGCAUGCAGGAGCCACACCCUCUCUCUCCACCUGGACAUUUUAACAGCAUGUGAAAGGGGUCUAUGCACACGCUCAUCACCUUCCAUUUGCAUGCAGCCUUUCCAUAGCAGACCGUGCUCACGGCAGUUCAUGGCAUCAGAAAGCUUGCAUAAUUCACUCCCAGUUACAAGAUGUAACGUCUUGCGAAUAGACAUGAAAAACUGGCCUCUAAAAAUGCUCCCCACCUUUCCACUCCGAGGUGCCACCCAUUCCCAUCGUGCUGCUGAAAUCUCUCCACUGAUCCUAAUUAUAACCCUCCUGGCUCACUUCUGAGCACCUCCUUGGUGUUGACAACUCUCCUUUCCCUUAGCUCCAUGAAGCUCUCAAUGGAGGUUUCUGUGUGAGGCCACCUUCGUUCCCUUGCACCUAGUGUGGUGCCAUAGCAUGACACAAGGAGUACUGGGAAACACAGGAUGUUUCCCAGGGUCUCUGGUUUCUGGGAUACUAAAGGACCACCUUCCCCUACACAGACCCAGGAAUCAUUAAGCUCAUCAGAGGAAACCUUGCUAAUUACACUGUGUCUUACUGAGUGUCGUGUGGCAAGUGGAAGUGGCCCUCCCCAUGCUGGUGUCUGCCUCUGAACAUCCUCCCCACUAUUAUUCAGAAGACACAGGCUUCCACUGUUUAAUAAAAGCUAUUUUGUUGUUCAGGCUUUCUUGGAACUCUAGCACUGUACCCUUCUGCCCUAUUAUCUCUGUGUUUGUUUAAUAUGUAUUUUACCUCUGCAAACCACUCUGAGAGUUCUUUUAAUUAAAGAACAUUAUGUUAAAAAAGAAAAUCCCCACGUGUCACUGCUUUGUCUUUCAAAACUGUGGCCUCCUCCACCCUGCAAAUCUGAAACAGCUCUGUAAUCCAUGUUGCCUUUCCCAAUAACAAAUCACCACACCUUUCCUCAUUCUCUUGUUUCCUUGACACACGCCCUGCCAGUUUCAAGAACAUGGAAGGAAAGCACAUAGUAUCAGCCACUGCUGACUCAUUUUCUCUCUCUUUGUAGCCUGACUCCAUUGGUUGACUCUGGAUAUCUGAAGAGAGCUUGAAUAGCUUGGGGUGCAAUAGGGGUGCCGUAGGCCACACUGGAAGUGGAAUCCCAAAAUGCAUUGCUUGGCCUAUGAGCCUCUUGUUUGACAGCCCUGCAUUGGAACCAUUGUUUCUAAAAAAGGAUGAGUGCGCAUAGCCAUCCUUAGUGCAUCUGUGCAUCAGGCUUCAAUUUCAUAAAACAGAUGCUUCAAACAUCAUGAAAACAACUUUUACUUGGCUCUGACUUGAGAUGUAACAGUUACUUCAAGGGUUCAAAUCCCUGCUCUGCUAGAAAAUUUAACUGUGUGAACUUGGGUCUGCUGGGAUCUUUCAACCUGACUGCACAAAAUUAGGAUAAAAAUAAGGAAAAAGAACCAUGCGUAUUCUGCCAUUCUCCUUGGAAGCUGGGUAUGAUGCAGUGAAGUAUAUAAAUAAUAUGUGUUUUCUGUCCCUUAAUAUUUCAGGAGUGAAGAAGGCCCGCAUGUUUAUGAAAACAAAGUCGAGUUGGAGUGCAGAAACACAACUGAAUGUCAUAGUGAAAACAAUAUUCAAGUUCUUACCACUUGCAUGUAGCAUCUUUAUCACCAUCAUCCUCACUUCUUGGUCUUAUCCUGCCCAUAUUAUAGACUCCAUACAAGAGACCAGUUCUGCACAUCAGUUAUUGUGCAUGGAUUUAAUCACUUUACUACAAGGCAUUGGCUGCCGGCUAAGUGAAGCCUAUGUUUCAUUUCUUUUUAUGUUAAAAAUUUUCAACACCAGAUUUCAUGUUGCUGUUAUAGUCCUAUGUUAAGUUUUGAGGUCAUCUGUGCACCUCUGGGGGGGGGGGGGGAUAAACUGGCACAUCAAGUUGAGUCCAACAUCAGAAUCUUUACCAAACCUGAUUGUUAGUGUUAUUCCAUAAUCACCAGGGACAUUCAGGGGGCCUGAAACCAAGUCUCUUGCACUAGGCCCUGGAUCUUCUGCCCCUCUCCCUUUUGAGCCCCCCCCCUGCAAAAAACCCAUUUAGCUUACAGGGCACCUAGUUGUGCUGCAGAGUCACUCACCAUCAUAAUCUGUGAGGACCUACAGGGUCCUCACCCCAGAAGAUCCUGCCUGGAAACCCUUAGAGCAAAGCAAGGGGCUGUGAAAACCAGUCUGAAUUUGCAUCUAACACAUGCAAACUUCAUACAGACUUUUGCCCCAAGUCUUCUAAGUACCCAGCAAUGCCCCUAAGAUUAAUUAUUAUUUCUUCUUAGCAGCUCUUGCUGGAUUGCCAUAGACAGCAAACACAGACCUCCUUGAAAGUCCUCUGUAGCCCACUGCUAUGUCCCACCUGGAAAUUUCCUGGUGAGAAACUACUCUUUCUUCACAAUAAAGCAUCUACAUGGGAACAGUAAAUAGGUAUUAUCAACUCAAGCCUGUAAUGCUCCACCAGAUUGCUUCAUUUGAUUCUUGCUCUGCUAUGGAAUUGCCACAAGGACACACCAGCUACUAGGGCAUGAAUAAAGCCUAUGUGACUCAGAUGCAAGCCUUAGAUGUGAAUCAUCUGCUUUUCUUUCCAUGUAUGUAUCAAAUGUGUGGAGGAUUUGUUACCUGCAAGUGAGUGUUGGCUGAUACUUCUUGAUUAUUAUUUUUUAAGUCAACAGUUUUAUUGUGGGAACAAAAUCCCAGGUAUAAUUUUCCAAUGUAAAAUGGAUUACUGUGUGUAUUUUUAAUUGUUUAAAUAAUCAAUAAAGAAAUUUUUAAUUACAG